UUCUGAUCGGUUGUCGGCGUCUUAUCGCUUUAAGUCUCGGCGCGCGUACUGCAAGUCGCGUAUUAUAGAGCACCUUGGCUUUACAAACAUAUAUCCAUCUAGUGCAUAUGGUGUAGUGUUGAAUUUGUGUUGCAAAAGGAGCUAUGUUCGUGACCAUUUGGAAGUGUUUAGAGAAAUACGACCGUCUAUAUGUGUCCAAACAGAAAUUUGACGAUAAAGGAAGCCUAUACGAGUCCUCGAACACCGAUAGCGGGUUCUUGUCAGGAGAAAUAACCGAAGAAUCUCCCGAUUCCGUCGCGGAUCCUAUGAUCGUGACCAGUGGUGUGUGCCUUACAGAAGACUUUUCCAAAAUCAGUAUCAGUGAUGAGAAGCAAAGUCUGAACAAUUUGGAUGCUCCCAAACAGAAACCACCUGUUGCCAGGUCGAAACAGACCGUCGACGAAGUGCUAUGGAAAAUCUACUUUGAGCAGGAUGAAGACGGUGAUACAUACCUUCACAUGGCAAUCGCUGACGGCUUCCCGGAAGUAGCGCUGGCCUUAAUCCGAAUCGCGCCGCAUCCGCGCCUGUUGGACACCCCUAACGACUUCGCGCAGACGCCUCUGCAUUUGGCCGUCGAAACGGGGCAAUGGCGCAUAGCCAGGUGGCUGAGGGUGGCCGGUGCGCGGCCGUGUCCGCGCGACAAACACGGCGACAGUCCGCUGCAUCUUGCCGCGCGUAUGGAUGACGCCGCGUCUAUCCGCGCCCUUACGGAAGCCGUUACCAAGGAAGAAAGGGAGAUGUUGGCGUUGGGAUACGAUAUCCCGGCGUACCAGCCGUGCUGUUACGAUCAGUGGAACUACCUUGGUCAGACCUGCCUGCACGUAGCCGUCGCCCAAGAAUCGCUGACGUCAGCCCGUCUUCUGCUCGAACGCGGCUGCAACCCGAACGCCCGCGACGGUUUCAGCGGCAUGUCUCCCCUCCACUACGCCGCGCAUCUGCAGAAGCCAAUCAUGGCCGAGCUGCUGCUCAAGGGCGGAGCUAACCGGGAGGCGGAGUCAUACGCCGGCCUAUCAGCGCUAGAGGAAGCGGCUAGGGCGGGGCAAUUGAGCCAGGAGGUUAAAAGGGUGUUGCUCGCAGCCGGAGUGCCAUUGGAGAUCGCGCAAAGCGACGAUGAUGAGGAGAUGGACGAGGACGAUGACGAUGUUGCAGAUCAGCUGGCUUUUGACAGCAACAAAGUAUUCAACGCACCGUUGGUGAAUGCCAGCGCUUAAGGAACGGAAACAAACGAAAGAACGAAGACUAUUGAGAAGGCCACUAUCAUAGUUAGGAUUAGGAAUGACAAAUUUGAAAGGUGAGGUGAACUUAAGAAGAUGGAAUAUUUGCCAAAUAUAUUAAAUAUUAUAUUAAUUUGAGAAUAUGAAUAAAUAUUAGGAUUUCAGAGCUAUCACGCGUUAUUUAUUAACCAUUUGUUCUAGACAUGCAAAUAAUUUACAAAUAUUCGAUCAUCAAAAUGUAUUACUAGCCAAUAUGUACAUACAUUCAUUAGAAAAAUCAUUAAGCACCACUCUUUAGCGUUUGACAUGUAACUUUAAAGUACGUUUUCAUCAUUACUUUGUCCCGCGACAUGUUGCUUGUCAUGUGCUGGAACACGUUUGUUGAAAUGAAAACAUGUUGCGCCAUAAGUGCCGGGGAUAAAAAUGCGACACACAUGUGUCUUUAGUCGUAACAAAUUGCAACAUGUUCCCAGGACUUUUGCACGCUAAAUUACGUUACCAUUACGACAGAUUUAUCUUGCAACACGUUGCGCGACAUUUGAUGUAAUGGAAAUUAUCUGGAACGUGUAGCAGGAGAUGAGUUUCUGUAACUUAAAAGUCCUGCAACAUGUUGCAUGAGAUAAGAUACUGUUACUACGGAGUCCUGCAACAAUUUGCAGCAAUAUGUUGCGCAACAUUUGUUGUAGUGGAAACGAUCUGCAACAUGCUACAUAAGAUGAAUUUCUAUUAUGCAAUAAUCCGUCUGCAACAUGUUGCAGAAGAUGAGUUUCUAUAACUCAAAAGUCCCGCAACAUGUUGCAGGAGAUAAGAUACUGUUACUACCGAGUCCUGCAACAUGUAGCAGCUAUAUGUUGCGCGACAUUUGUUGUAAUGUAAACGAUCUGAAACAUGCUACAGAAUAUGAUUUUGUAUUACUACAUAGUUAUGCAACAAACAGCCUGCAAUAUGUUGCAGAAGAUAAGUUUCUAUUACCACAAAAUCUUGCAACAUGUUGCGUUGAUUUUGUUGUAAUGGUAACUGUCUGCAACAUGUUGCAGAAGAUGAGUUUCUAUAACUUAGAAGUCCUGCAACAUGUUGCAGGAGAUAAGAUACUGUUACUACGGAGUCCUGCAACAUGUUGCAGCAAUAUGUUGCGCGAUUUUUGUUGUAAUGGAAACGAUCUGCAACAUGCUAUGGAAGACGAAUUUCUAUUACUACGAAGUCAUGCAAUAAUCAGUCUGCAACAUGUUGCACAAGAUGAGUUUCUAAAACUUAAAAAUCCUGCAACAUGUUGCAGGAGAUAAGAUACUGUUACUACGGAGUCCUGCAACAUGUUGCGCGAAAUUUGUUGUAAUGUAAACGAUCUGAAACAUGCUACAGAUGAUGACUUUGUAUUACUACAUAGUUAUGCAACAAACAGCCUGCAAUAUGUUGCAGAAGUUAAGUUUCUAUUACCACAAAAUCUUGCAAUAUGUUGCGUUGAUUUUGUUGUAAUGGUAAGUGUCUGCAACAUGUUGCAGAAGAUGAGUUUCUAUAACUUGAAAGUCCUGCAACAUGUUGCAGGAGAUAAGAUACUGUUACUACGGAGUCCUGCAACAUGUUGCAGCAAUAUGUUUCGCGACAUUUGUUGUAAUGUAAACGAUAUGAAACAUGCUACAGAAGAUGACUUUGUAUUACUACAUAGUUAUGCAACAAACAGUCUGCAAUAUGUUGCAGAAGAUAAGUUUCUAUUACCAUAAAAUCUUGCAAGAUGUUGCGUUGAUUUGUUGUAAUGGUAAGUGUUUGCAACAUGUUGCAGAAGAUAAGUUUCUAUAACUUAAAAGUCCUGCAACAUGUUGCAGGUGAUAAGAUACUGUUACUACGGAGUCCUGCAACAUGUUGCAGCAAUAUGUUACGCGAUUUUUGUUGUAAUGGAAACGAUCUGCAACAUGCUACGGAAGAUGAAUUUCUAUUACUACGAAGUCAUGCAAUAAUCAAUCUCCAACAUGUUGGAGAAGAUGAGUUUCUGUAACUUGAAAAUCCUGCAACAUGUUGCAGGAGAUAAGAUACUCUUACAACGGAGUCCUGCAAUAUGUUGCAGCAAUAUGUUGCGCGACAUUUGUUGUAAUGUAAACGAUCUUAAACAUGCUACAGAAGAUGACUUUGUAUUACUACAUAGUUAUGCAACAAACAGUCUGCACAAUAUGUUGCAGAAGAUAAGUUUCUAUUACCACAAAAUCUUGCAACAUGUUGCGUGGAUUUAGUUGUAAUGGUGUCUGCAACAUGUUGCAGAAGAUGAGUUUUUAUAACUUAAAAGUCCUGCAACAUGUUGCAGGAGAUAAGAUACUGUUACUACGGAGUCCUGCCACAUGUUGCAGCAAUAUGUUGCGCGAUUUUUGUUGUAAUGGAAACGAUCUGCAACAUGCUACGGAAGACGAAUUUCUAUUACUAGGAAGUCAUGCAAUAAUCAGUCUGCAACAUGUUGCACAAGAUGAGUUUCUAAAACUUAAAAAUCCUGCAACAUGUUGCUGGAGAUAAGAUACUGUUACUGCGGAGUCCUGCAACAUGUUGCGCGAAAUUUGUUGUAAUGGAAACGAUCUGCAAGAUGCUACAGAAAAUGAAUUUAUAUUACUACUAACUCAUGCCAUAACUAGUCUGCAAGAUGUUGCAUUAGAUAAGAUACUGUUACUACGGAGUCCUGCAACAUGUUGCAGCAAUAUGUUGCGCGACAUUUGUUUUGGAAACGAUCUGCAACAUGUUACAGAAGAUGAGUUUCUAUUACUACGAAGUCCCGCAACAUGUUGCUGCAGAUGAGUUUCUCUCAGUUCGCGGGUCUGCAACAUGUUGCAGAAGAUAAGUUUCUAUUACUACGGAGUCCUGCAACAUGUUGAAGCAGAAGAGUUUUUAUUACUAUGAAGUCUGGCAACAUGUAACAGAAACAUGUUGCGUGGCAAUUGUUGUAAUGGGCAAAGUCUGCGACAUGUUGCAGAAAAUGAGUUUCUGUCACUUCAAAGUCCUGCAAGAUGUUCCAGAAGAUGAGUUUCUAUUACUACGGAGUCCUACAACAUGUUGCAGCAACAUGCGAUUGAAAAAUCUGCAACAUGAUGCAGAUUAUUUUGUAUUAAUACCAAGGUCUGCAACAUGUUGCGCGACAUAUUUUUUGACUUGGAACCUGUUGGAUGGGAACGUGCUUACAAAAGGUGUACAAAAUGAACUGAAUUUUAUGGACUAAAUAAUUGAGAAUUGCAUUUCAUUUAUGAUUUUGUGUAUAUUUUGUAAGAAGACUUUCGGUUUGGUUAUAUAAAUUUCUUCUAUUGAAAAAAUAGUGCGUUAAACAGACAAAUGGUGCUUGAUUAUUUAUAGUAUUGAUGGAAUAUUUCUCUAAAUAUGAUGGAAGCUCAAAGUGAUUCUUAAUAAGUUUACGAAUCUGAAAAGCUCCCAUUAUCUAUAGAAGGAAUAGUUAACUAUUUUAUCGUGAUUUUACCACGAUUUACAUUUAAGGAAUGAAUAUUGAAAAGUAUGUUUCAAGACUAAUAAACAUGAUAAAAUGUUGUGUUCUACAAGUACGUUAUCUUCUUCCAUUACACUUGUAUUUAUUAUUGUAAUUCUUUUGAUAGAGUUUCACAAAAAGUACGAACUCUAUCACGGGAAGCUCAUAUCAUCCAUUUUAUUUUUGUAUAUAUGUUAGGCUUAGUUAUAUGAAUGUUUUAGUUGAUGUAGCUGAAUAAAAAAAGUUGCAAAAUGA